CCGCUUCAGCAAUGCAUUCCUAAUUUGCCGCCACAAACCACGCAGCAAAGGUUGUUCCGUGAGGUGCAUAUAAGAGAGAGGAGGAAAAGAAGACGAAAUAUCCAAUGCCGCGCGAUCCCUCCGCGGCUCGCCAUUCCCGGGACCGCGAGCGCGAGCGCGAACGCCGCCACCGCCGCCACUCUGUUUCGCAAGGAGCAGGAGGAGAAGCGGGGAGAGAGGAGGACGGAGACGACUACCGCCUGGAACGGCGCACAAAGCGGCGGCGUCGCCCAAGCACCAGUGCCCCUCCGGGAAGGGACAGGGACCAUCACGCGCGUGCCGCGUCGGCCUCGGAGGGCGGCAGCGGGUCGGCCGGGGGGUCGCACGUUCUUUCGACGGCGGCGUUGGCGAGGCUGAACCAAGCUAAUGCGAGCGCAAAGCCGAGGAGUGGUGAAGGAGGGGGCGGGGAUGGAGCGAGGAAUGAGAGGCGAAGGGAUAGGGAACGAGACAGGACUAGGAAAAGGGAACGGGAAAUGGAAAGGGAAAGGGAAAGGGAGAGAGAGUUGCUAGUAGCUGCCAGGCGACAGCGCGAUAGGGAAAGGGAGAGGGACCGGAGCAGAGGCUAUGAGAGAGUAAGAGGGUUGCCCGAAUGGAAUGAGGCUGAGGAUGGGUACCGGAUAUAUCGUGAUCGGGAGAGAGAAAAGAGGAAGAGUAAGAGGGUGGUCAGCGGGGCGGUGUUGGAGGAAGGGAGAGGAGGCGGUGGAAAGGGAUGGAGAGGUCUCAGGGGCGGCGCGGGAGGAAGCAGUGACGACAGUUUGAUGCGGGAAAAGGGAGGACUAUAUGCGGGCAAGAAGCUGCCGUGGUACAAGCAGAAGAAGAAGCUGUGGAUCCUGAUCGGGGUCUGCGUGGUUCUGCUCAUCAUCAUUAUUAUCGUCGCCGCGGUGGUCGUCCCUCAAACCGGGCAAAGUAACAAUGACGCCGCGGAAGACAGCAAAAGCGGCUUCUCCGGGAUUGCACCAGGGAGCAUCCCAGCGGACGCACCGUCGUGGUUGAAUCCGUUCGUCUGGCAAGACACGACCGACUUCAACCUGACAUAUACCGACGAGACGGUUGGCGAUCUGCCUGUCAUGGGGCUCAACAUAAGCUGGGAGGACUCGGCAAAGGCCAACGAACAUGUUCCAGCGCUGAGCGAACCGUGGGGCGACUACGCGAAGCGGCCGGCGCGAGGCGUAAACGUGGGCGGUUGGCUCUCCAUCGAGCCCUUCAUCACACCCUCGCUCUUUGAGUACGACUCUCGCAUGGGCAUCGUGGAUGAGUACACGCUCUGCAAGUACCUUGGUCCGCGAUGCGAGAGCACGCUCGAGAAGCACUAUGCAACCUUUGUGACGGAGGACACAUUCCGAGAGAUUGCAGAUGCCGGACUGGACCACGUACGCAUCCCCUUCUCGUACUGGGCGGUCCAGACCUACGACGGCGAUCCCUACCUUUUCCGCACCUCGUGGCGCUACCUGCUGCGGGCCAUUGAGUGGUGCCGCCGCUACGGACUACGCGUUAACCUGGAUGUCCACGGCCUGCCGGGCAGCCAGAACGGAUGGAACCACAGCGGCCGGCUCGGCACUAUCGGCUGGUUCAACGGCACCGACGGGGCGACCAAUGCCAAGCGCUCCCUCGAGAUCCACGACCGCCUCUCCAAGUUCUUCGCCCAGCCACGCUACAAAAACAUCAUAACCCACUACGGCCUUGCCAACGAGCCCCGCAUGACCUACCUCUCGGUCCAGGACGUCAACGGGUGGACGGAGCAGGCGUACAACCUGGUGCGCAAGAACGGGGUCAGCGACGCCAUCGUUGUCUUUGGCGACGGCUUCCGCGGGCUGGACAACUGGCAAGGGGAGCUGACCAACCUGGACCGGGCGGCGCUCGACGUGCACCAGUACGUCAUCUUCAACAUCAACCAGAUCGCAUACAACCACUCGGAAAAGGUGCGGUACGCCUGCGAGGGGUGGACCGAGCAGACGCUUCAGAGCAUGAACCGUGCGACGGGGUUCGGCCCCACGCUUGUGGCUGAGUGGUCGCAGGCCGACACGGACUGCGCCAAGCACCUGACCAACGUCGGAUGGGGCAACCGGUGGACGGGCACGCUGCUUACGGGGGACCCGUCCACCGAUAUGACGACGCCGCGGUGUCCCACGAUGGACAACCGGUGUAGCUGCGACCAGGCCAACGCGCCGGCCAGCCAGUGGAGCGGGCCGUACAAGACGUUCCUGAGGAUGUUUGCCGAGGCGCAAAUGUCGAGCUUUGAAAAGGGGUGGGGCUGGUUCUAUUGGGUUUGGGACACUGAGGAUGCGUGAGUAACUCCUCGUUCUUUUUUGUUGCCUUUUUUUGCUCGACCAACACGCUGGUCUAAAAGAGUGACUGUUUUGCUGACUGAUUCUGGGAACGGGCAGACCUCAGUGGAGCUACAAAAAGGGGCGGGAGGCGGGAGUGCUACCAGCCAAGGCCUAUGAGAGGGACUUCGACUGCGACUUAUCCAAGAUUCCGAGCUUUUCGGAUCUGCCCGAAUAUUAUUAGGUGGUUUAGUCUGUGUCUUCGCUUUCGUCAGGCGUUUUGGAGUUGGGGCAGCGGACGGGAGUGAUGAUGGAGUGCAUUUGUAAGCGCAGAGCGUCAUGAACGGAUGAAAGCACGCAUGGAUGAACAGAAUUUGCAUGGUGGUUUGACUUUGGGGUGCAUUGCACAGGACGUGGGCGGUUGGGAUGACCAGGUGUAAAUGACAGAUAGUUACGAGAGCAUAGACAUUCUCACAAUUGCAGGGAAAGACGCAU